GAAACAGGAGGCUCACCGAUAGAAAAAAGGAGCGACCCCGGCCGCCGACGGCAGCCGCUCCGGGAACCGCGAAAGGGGGGGGAAGAAGAGACGGUCACCGAAUCACCGUCCGGUGGAAGAGGAAGCGCGCGAGGAGAGGAGGCGAGACUUCAGUGGAGGGAAAGCCGCCCGGGUGUCAUGUAGCUAUACAUAUAUAUAUAUAUAUAUAUACAUACAUAUAUAUACAUCGAUGCAUGCGUGAGACGGAAACACUCCGAAAAGCUCGAGGAAGGGGGUGUUUUAGCGGAGCGGCGACGGGGAGGAGGAGGAGGAGGAGGAAGAGGAGAGGCGGAAGAGGGCUCGCGCACAGCGGCGAGGAGAAAACCUGCGAGAAGAGGAGAACAAGCACCAUGAAAAAUCACCAUGUGUCCGCGGCGGAGGAAGGAGCGAGUCCGCAGAGACAAUUACGUAAAUAAAUUGCUGCCGGGCAGGAGGGAGAGGUGGAAAGAAAGACGGGUUUAGAAGAGGAGAGGAGAGAAGGGGGUGAAAUUGCCAGGACCAGCACGGAGGAGGAGGGGGGCUUUCACCAUCACAAAGAGUCAAUGAGAGGAUUUAUUUUUUUUAGGAGGAUUUCUUGCAAUUAUCGUGUCGAUCUGAAACAUUCCGCUUCCGAAAUAGCCCUAUAGAUUUUUUUUGUUUUUAUUUAUAAGUUACAUUUCUCCUUUCUCUCUCUCUCCCUCUCUCUCUCUCUCUCUCUCUCUCUCUCUCUCUCUCUCUCUCUCUCUCUCUCUCUUUUUCUGUCCAUGCAUUGCAAAAAAAGAAGAAAAAAAGUGACAAUUAUCGGUAGCAUUUUUAUCCUUCAUCUGAAAUCGCGAGCAGGAACAUCUGCAAGAUAAGUAAGCCCGUUUGAUCCUAUUCUGGAUACAAAAAAACAAAAACAAAACGCGCACACACUCAGAGAGAGAGAGAGAGAGAGAGAAUCAAACUUAAUUAGAUCAAUCCGACUGCCCCGCUUAUUGGCAAUUAGCGCUGUCGUCGCGUUGGGUCCGGGAGGAAAGCUGCGCUGAAAGCGGCAGCAGGAGUCCCGCAAUUUUUAAAGGGUCCGUUUUGCAGCAGACAAACCGACGGAUGGGGUUGCAUCGAGCGGAUUUGCGAUCUCGGUCUCCUCUCCAGUGCCUUUUUGUAUCGUCCCGACGCCGAGCGCGCGCACACACACGAGUCAGCAUGCACGUGCACAACAGAGAGGAAAAAGCCACGCGUGGAAAUAGAGGUUUACAUGCUUUUCGGACUUUUUAUCAUCAUUAUUUUUGGAUCCGAGUGGAUGGAUGUGUCUGUUAAAUCACUGAUAAGCCAACCGAGCAUCGUCAACUCUUGCAUUCAUACUGCUGCUUGUUGCCUUUUUUUUCGUCGUUUUUUUUGUUUUUAACGUGGAAAAUUGAGAGGACUCUGUGAUACAGACAGCAAUAAGUCAAAAAUCCCUGCAGGUUCUCUAAGGUGUUGCACGAAACAGCAGCAAUCUGAAGUUGUUGUUGUUUUCUCCUCCUCUCUCUCUUUCUUUCUCUCUUUGGAAACUUGAUUUUUUUUUGUGCCAUCAUCUCCCCCGGCAGCCUUUUUAAGAUCUAAAGAGGAAGAAGAGAGAGUGUCGUUGAUCAGUAAAAUUAUGGAAGUUGACUGGAGCUCGGAGGACGGAUUUCAUGUCAUGAGGUUGUCAGUCGUCCGUCGACUCCACCUUCCCACCGCCUCUCGUUGAAGUCCGCGAAGAGGAACACGAAUCUCCCGACGAGGGGAGAGGAGAGUGGUGGUGGUGGUGGUGGGGGGCCGAUAUCUGCCAGAGAGGUACUUACAAACUCAGGAGGGAGGACCGAGAGAGAGAGCUGAACAUCGCCGUCCCUCUUCCCCUACCGUCCCCCCCGAGCGGUGGGGGAACGAUCAGAGACAUUUCUUAACGGGAGGGAGGAAGAAGGCGGAAAUAAAGGGAAUACAUAAGCCCUGAGUGGAUAUACAAGCCUCUCUCUCUCUCUUUUUUUUUUUUUUUUUUUUUUGUUUGUUUUGUUUUUUAAUUCGUCAAAAAAAUAUGGCCGAUAAUGUCCUGGAGUCUGGCCCGCCUUCAGCCAAGAGGCCCAAGCUGGCUUCUCCGGCUCUGUCUGUGUCCACCAGUGAUGGAAAUGAUUUUGGUUCAUUCUUUGACCUGGAGCAUGACCUGCCAGACGAGCUCAUCAGUUCCUCGGACCCGGGGCUGACGAACGGAGGAGACGCCAGCCAGUUCCACGCCAGCCUCGGGGGCCUCGGCGGAGGGGUUCAGGAUGCGGCCUCCAAACACAAACAGCUAUCUGAACUGCUGCGCGGUGGGGCACAAACGCAGCCAGGGGCCCCCACUUCCAACAGUGCCCCCCCUGCGGCUUCCCCGGCGAUGAUGGGGGGAGUCAGUGGACCUCAAGGCAUGCACCACCAGGGCCAACAGCAGCAGCCGCAACCCGGACAAAUGCAGCAGGUUGGCAUGGUGCCGACCAGGGCGACGGCCAUGAUGGGUGUCCAAAAGGGCACCGCUGGACAGCAACAGCACCAACACCAAGGCCUUAUAGGGGGGCAGGUUGUGAAUGGCUCGCCCAGAAUGGGUUAUCCUGGCAACACAGGAAUGGGUAGCAAUAGUAAUAUUUUGGCAGAGACCUUACAGCAGCAGCAGCAGCAGGGGGGUCCAAGCCUGGGAGCUGGGGGUCAAGCGGGGAUGAGACCACAUCAGCCUGGUGCACUAAAACAGAUGAAUUUGAUGCCCAACACGGGGUCCUACGGUGGCCCAUACAGCCAUUCUGCCGGCCAGGGGCUGCCUGGAGAGGGGCUGGGCCCACAACUCCAGAAUAAAGCAGGCCUACCCAGUGGCAUGGCCGCCCAGUUCAACAUGGACAAGAAGACGCCUCCUGGUCAAGGCAUUCCGGGGAUGACCGCUCAGCAGCAGCAGCCGCAGCCUGGUGCAGCUGGCGGUGUGUCGAUGUCGGUCGGUGGGCCCCAGGUUGGGCUGAAUGCCGUCGGGGUGGGACCGGGCGCCACGCCCCCCACCGCUGACCCCGAGAAGCGGAAGCUCAUCCAGCAGCAGCUCGUUCUGUUGCUCCACGCGCACAAGUGCCAGCGGCGGGAGCAGGCCAACGGGGAGGUGCGGCAAUGCAACCUGCCCCACUGCCGCACCAUGAAGAACGUGCUCAACCACAUGACUCAUUGCCAGGCUGGCAAGUCCUGCCAGGUUGCACACUGUGCCUCGUCCAGACAGAUCAUCUCGCAUUGGAAGAACUGCACGAGACACGACUGUCCCGUGUGCCUUCCGCUGAAAAACGCUGGAGACAAGAGGAACCAGCAGUCUCUGCUCAACAGUGUCAGCUUAGUGAACUCUUUAGGCGGAGCGGGGCCAGGCGGGCAGUCGAGCUCUCCGGGCCUGAACCCUACCAACCAGAUCGACCCGAGCGCCAUAGAGAGAGCCUACGCCGCAUUAGGCCUGACGUACCAGGGCAACCAGAUGCCGCAGCAGCAACAACAGCAGCAACAGCAGCAGCCGCCACAGGCUGCCAUGCCGAACCAAGUCCUUCACGGACAGCCGGGAAUGAGGACUUCGAAUCCACUGGGUGGUAACUCCAUCGGAGUGAACGGUGCCGUCGGGGUGCAGCCUCCGAACCAGCAGUCCGCGCUGCUGCCAGAUGCCAUGCUGCACAGCAUGAACGCGCAAAGUUUGAUGAACGAUGGCGUCGGGAACCUGGGCUCCAUGCCCACGGCCAUGCCCCCUUCCGCUGCAGGGAUGAGGAAGUCUUGGCAUGAAGACAUCACGCAAGACCUCCGCAACCACCUCGUCCACAAGCUAGUGCAAGCCAUCUUCCCCACUCCUGACCCCGCGGCGCUGAAGGACAGGCGGAUGGAGAACUUGGUGGCCUACGCCCGGAAAGUAGAGGGAGACAUGUACGAGUCGGCGAACAGCAGGGCGGAGUACUACCACCUUCUGGCGGAGAAGAUCUACAAGAUCCAGAAGGAGCUGGAGGAAAAGAGGAGGACGCGGCUCCAAAAGCAGGGCAUGAUGCCCGGCCAGCCUUGCCUUCCUACGUCUGGCCAGCCCCCGGGGCCCCCAGGCCCACCCGGACAGCCUCCCAAUGGUCCUCAUCCCGACCCGUCCAUGAUCAGACCUGCUGGUCCAAAUCAGAUGGUCAGCAGGAUGCAGAACCCACCAGGAAUGACUCAGUUUCCUCAGAUGGGGAUGCAGAAUAUGGGUCAGAGGUCAACACCUCCUCUUCCUCACAACCCUCAAAUGAACCAGAUGGGAAUGGGAGCAACACGUAUGGGUCAGCCCAAUGCCCCACAGCCUCACACCCAGUACCUUCCCCCAGGCCAGUUUCCUGGCUCCAGUCCCGGUCUCGGUUCUGGUCCUGUUGGGAUGAACCAGCCUGGAGCGCAGGCUGCGGUGCCUUCUCAGAACCAGAUGUCGACGCCUCCAUCCAUCCCCGCCAGCAGCCCUGUGGGGCAGUCCGCCUCCUCGGUCCCGUGCUCCGGGGGACCUUUUGGUCCCUCGAACGGCAACGGUCCCGGGCCGCUGCCCAACCUCCACCCACCCUCCACCCAGCCCUCCCCAUUCCCUCACUGCCCGCCCGUCCGCACAAACUCCCCGUCGCCGGCGCGCAGCCUGACGCCCCAGCCGCAUCAGACGCCACCUACGCUGCCCCGCUCUCAGACACCUCAGCCACAAACCCCAAACACACCGCAAGUGGCCACCCCACAACACUCCCAACAACAUCAGCAGCAACAAACGUCGCAAAUGCUGCAUCCCGCUCCAUCGGAAAAACCCAGCCAGUUUCCACAGCAAACAGUUGGGGGUGUUGCAUCUCCAGAGCCCCCGGCAGCUCAGAUUCCCUCGGUGCCGACCCAGAACGAUCAUGUGCCACCGCUGCCGCACACCCCACCCUCUCCUAAGACUUCCCUGACAGCUGAAGGACAAGUUUCGUCCCCGGCGUCAAUUACAAGCAGCUCCGCCCACAAUUCCCAGCUCGCUCCCGCAGAGAGCCUCGCUCAGAGCCAGGACAACAUGAAAGUAAAGGUGGAAAAGGAAGAAGAGGAGGAGGAAGAGGAAGAAGAUGAUGUAGGGGGCGACACUGAGGGAAACGGCAAGGGGAAGAUGUCCAAGGCUCAGUCUGAGGUGAAGAAAGAAGAGAGACCAGAGAUUGAGGACGAGAAGCUGCGAGGAGACGGGUGUAAAGCUGAGCCCAUGGACACGUCAACGUCUUCUGGGUCGGCGGUGGCGGCGGCAGCAUCGAGCGAAGACAAGAAGCCGGAGGUGAAGAAGGAGCCCAAAGAGGAAGAGCAGGGAUCAGGGUCACCAGCCACCAACAGCUCCUCAGCCAGCAGUCAGAGCAAGAAGAAAAUCUUUAAGCCAGAGGAGCUGCGCCAGGCCUUGAUGCCGACCUUGGAGGCAUUAUACCGCCAGGACCCUGAGUCCCUUCCCUUCCGCCAGCCGGUGGACCCCCCGUUACUGGGAAUACCCGUACGUAUUCGAACUAGUAACAAAACUAACCUGGACUACUUUGACAUCGUCAAGAACCCCAUGGACCUCUCGACCAUUAAGCGCAAGUUGGACACGGGGCAGUACGAGGAGCCGUGGCAGUACAUCGAGGACAUCUGGCUGAUGUUCAACAACGCCUGGCUGUACAACCGAAAGACGUCGCGGGUCUACAAAUACUGCUCCAAGCUGGCCGAGGUGUUUGAGUCAGAGAUCGACCCUGUUAUGCAGGGGCUGGGCUACUGCUGUGGGAGGAAGUACGAGUUUUCUCCCCAAACUCUUUGCUGCUACGGAAAACAAUUAUGCACCAUCCAACGCGAUGCUUCUUAUUUUAGUUACCAGAACAGGUACCACUUCUGUGAGAAGUGUUUCAACGAAAUCCAAGGCGACAGCGUUUCCCUGGGGGACGACCCCUCCCAGCCUCAGACGUCCAUCAACAAAGACCAGUUCCAGAAAAAGAAGAACGACACGCUCGACCCUGAGCUACUCGUGGAAUGUAUCGACUGCGGUCGUAAAAUGCACCAGAUCUGCGUUCUGCAUAAUGAAACCAUAUGGCCGUCAGGCUUCGUAUGCGACAACUGUCUGAAAAAGGCCAAUAAAGCGCGAAAGGAGAACAAAUAUGCAGCCAAACGACUUCCUCAGACGAAGCUGGGGAACUACCUGGAGACGCGGGUGAACGACUACCUCAAACGGCAGAGCCACCCCGAGUCCGGAGAGGUCACCGUCCGGGUGGUCCACGUCUCGGACAAGGUGGUCGAGGUCAAGCCGGGCAUGAAGUCCAGGUUCGUGGACAACGGCGAGAUGGCCGAGUCGUUCCCAUACAGGAUGAAGGCCCUGUUCGCGUUUGAGGACAUCGACGGAGCCGACGUGUGUUUCUUCGGCAUGCACGUCCAAGAGUACGGCUCCGACUGCCCGCCGCCCAACCAGAGACGGGUGUACAUCUCGUACCUGGACAGCGUGCACUUUUUCAAACCGCGACACCUGAGGACCGCCGUCUACCACGAGAUCCUGCUGGGCUACCUGGAGUACGUCAAGAGACUGGGGUAUACGACGGGACACAUCUGGGCGUGUCCUCCUAGCGAGGGAGACGACUACAUCUUCCACUGUCACCCGCCGGACCAGAAGAUCCCGAAGCCAAAACGCCUGCAGGAGUGGUACAAGAAGAUGCUGGACAAGGCUGUCGCUGAGCGAAUCGUCCACGACUACAAGGACAUUUUCAAGCAGGCGACAGAAGAUCGCCUGACGAGUGCCAAGGAGCUGCCGUACUUCGAGGGCGACUUCUGGCCCAACGUGCUGGAGGAGAGCAUCAAAGAGCUGGAGCAGGAAGAGGAGGAGAGGAAGAGGGAGGAGAGCAGCACCUCCAACGAGAGCACCGACGCCACGAAAGGAGACAGCAAGAACGCCAAAAAGAAGAACAAUAAAAAGGCGAACAAGAACAAGAGCAGCCUGAGCCGAGCCAACAAGAAGAAGCCGGGGAUGCCCAGCGUUUCCAACGACCUUUCCCAGAAACUCUACGCCACCAUGGAGAAACACAAAGAGGUUUUCUUCGUCAUCCGCCUGAUCGCCGGCCCCACCGCCAACUCGCUGCCCCCCAUCACCGACCCCGACCCCCUCAUGGCCUGCGACCUGAUGGACGGUCGCGACGCCUUCCUGACCCUGGCCCGCGACAAGCACUUGGAGUUCAGUUCCCUGAGGAGGUCCAUGUGGAGCUCCAUGUGCAUGCUGGUGGAGCUCCACAACCAGAGCCAGGACCGCUUCGUGUACACCUGCAACGAGUGCAAACAUCACGUGGAGACCCGCUUCCACUGCACCGUUUGUGAGGACUAUGACUUGUGCAUCACCUGCUACAACACUAAAGGCCACGAGCACAAGAUGGACAAACUUGGGCUCGGCCUGGACGACGACAGCAGCAACCAGGCGGCGGCGGCCACUCAGAAUCCGGGCGACUCCCGCCGCCUCAGCAUCCAGCGCUGCAUCCAGUCGCUGGUCCACGCGUGCCAGUGCCGCAACGCCAACUGCUCCCUCCCGUCCUGUCAGAAGAUGAAGCGUGUCGUGCAGCACACCAAGGGCUGCAAGCGCAAGACCAACGGCGGCUGCCCCAUCUGCAAGCAGCUGAUCGCGCUGUGCUGCUACCAUGCCAAGCACUGCCAGGAGAACAAAUGCCCCGUCCCAUUCUGCCUGAACAUCAAGCAGAAGCUCCGGCAGCAGCAGCUGCAGCACCGGCUGCAGCAGGCGCAGAUGUUGAGGAGGAGGAUGGCCACCAUGCAGCGGGUGGGCCAGCCUGCGGGGGCGCUACCCGGGGGACUCAUGGUGGGGCUGCCGUCGCCAGGAGCCAACAAUGCCACGGCGCCAAGUACGCCCACGUCGGUCGGCACCCAGCCGCCGACCCCUCACACCCCAACUCAGAACAUGCCUCCGGUCCCGGCGCAGGGCAUGGGUCCUGGAAACGGGAUGCACCAGCAGCAGCAGCAAGGAGCGAUGCCGAGCCAACAUCUGCUGAACCAGUUCCAGCAGAUGAGUGGCGGAGCAGCUGCAGCGGGAGGGAUGAUGAACUCUCCCCAGCAGCAGCAGCAGCAGCAGCAGCAGCAACAGCAGCAGCAGCAGCAGCAACAGAUGCUUACUCAGAUGCCGCAGCAAAGUGUCCCGGGGGGCAAACCGCACCCGCCGUACUCCGGCAGACCUCCAGGCUCCUCCCCCAUCCAUCAGUCCCAGGGGAAACCAUUGAUUGGCUCGUCGACGCCGCCUCAGCAACCCGGUGGGGCUGUGAUGGCCGGCAACGCGGUGGGGCAGCAGCCUCCUGGCCAGCCGCCCCCGUCCGGCCCCCCGCCAGCAGCCGUGGAGAUAGCCCUGAAGAUCCAACAGGUGGCCGAUGCCCAAAGGAGGCUGGGCCUGCAGAGGCAAGCCGCGGCAGUAGCCGCGGCAACGGGCAUGAUGCCGUCUCACCCACACCACCAGCCGGGUCAGCCGCAGCAGAUGGCCAUGGGGCACAGCGGUCCCAUAGGGAUGGUCGGACCGCAGGGGAUGCAGCCGCAAAACCAAACGGCUGUAAGACCCCACGUGGAUCAGCAGCAGGGUGCGAUGCAGGGGAUGAUGCACAUGCAGCAGCAACCGCCGCCGCAGGGUAACCUGCCACCACAGAGGAUGGGCGCGCCGCUGCAGAACCCGCAGCAGCCGCAGCAACAGCAGCCGCAGCAGCAGUGGACCGGACCGGGGAUUCCACCCCAGCAACGGCAGGCGAUGAUGAACCAGAUGAGCCAUCAGGCCAUGAUGGCAGCGCAGCAGCAGCAGCAACAACAGCAGCAGCAGCCAUCGCAUCAACCAGCUCAGGGGCAUGCUGCCAUGAUGAACAUAGCGCAGCAGCAGCAAGGGUCAGCUGGGGGGAACAUCCCCCAAGCGGCUCUGCAGGAGCUGCUCCGCACCCUGCGCUCCCCCAGCUCUCCGCUGCAGCAGCAGCAGGUCCUCAACAUCCUGCGUUCCAACCCGCAGCUCAUGGCUGCUUUCAUCAAGCAACGAGCCACAAAAUACAAGGGCGGACCUGGCGGAGCGGACUGCGUCCCAGGAGGGGGGCCGGGCCCCGCUGGGGGGCCGGUGGGACACGCCAUGCCUGGAGUCAACCCACAGGUGAACAUGAACGCUGCGAGUGGCCAGCCAGGGCUGCACAUGGGGGGCCAGGGAGGAGCCAACAUCAACAUGGCAUCUAUGUCUCAGCUGCAGCAGCUGCAGCAGCAACAGCUGCAGCAGCAACAGCUGCAGCAUCAGCAGCAACAAAGGCCGAUGCUGAGCAGUUUGCAGCAGCAGCAGCAAGGAGUGGGGCGAGGUAUACAAGGUCAGGGAUCGCAGAUGGGAAACAUCAACAAUCUCCAGGUGCGAGAGUUGCUUAUGAGGCGGCAGCAGCUGCAGCAGAUGCAACAGCAGCAGCAGCAGAUACAACAGCAGCAGCAGAUACAACAGCAGCAGCAGCAGCAAAUACAACAACAACAGCAGCAGCAGAUGCAACAGCAGCAGCAGCAGCAGAUGCAACAACAACAGCAGCAGCAGAUGCAGCAGCAGCAGCAGCAGCAGCAGCAGAUGCAACAACAGCAGCAGCAGCAGAUGCAACAGCAGAUGCAACAGCAGCAGCACAUGCAGCAGCAGAUGCAGCAGCAGCAGAUGGGGAUGAAUCAUGGUCAGUUCCAGCAGCCGCAGCCCCCCCAGGGGCAGGGAUUCAUGGGCCAGGGGCCCCCCGGAGGCCCACAGGGGCAGCAGGCGCAGGGUUACCCGGGGUCCGCCCUGCAGCAGAGGCUGCUGCUACAGCAGCAGCAGAACAGCAUGGCUGCCCUCCAAAGCGGCGACGCGGGUCCAGGAGGCGGAGGUGUUGCUCAGCAACCGCCUCAAGGCCCGCAGCCUCCUCAGGGGGGGCCCACCCCUCCGUCUUCCCAGACGCUUUUCCAACAAACUCUGCCGCAGAGGCUGCUGCAGCAGCAGCAGCAGCAGCAGCACCUCGGCCCCGGCAGCUCGCCCGCCCAACACAGCAACCCCAUGAGCCCCCAGCAGCCACCGCAGCAGAUGGCGCCGUCGCCGCACCAUCACCUGCAGGGCCCGGCGCUGCAGACGUCGCUCGCCAACCAGGUGCGCUCGCCGCAGCCCUCGCCGCGGCCGCAGUCCCAGCCGCCUCACUCCAGCCCGUCUCCGCGCAUGCAGCCUCAGCCAUCGCCGCAUCACAUCUCGCCGCAGGUGCAGACCGGUUCGCCGCACCCGGGCCACCUGAACCAGCACCACCCCGGGAUGGUGGUCCCCCCGCCGCCGCAGCAGCAGCAGCAGCAGCAGCAGACAAGCCAGCAGCAGAACGCCAUGGAGCAGUUUGGCUCCGACCAGAGCGCCAUGCUCUCCCAGCUGAGCGGCAUGGCCGGUCUGCACGGGCCGGCCGGCGCCGGCGGUCCCGACCCGAUGGGCCAGAACAUGAACCACAACUCCUUAGACCACAUGUAGAGGCUCAGCGGAUCUUUGCUCAAACUGCACUCACCAAGGACAGUAUUAUUAUUAUUCCUUAGCCUUUUUAUUUUUUUUACUAUUAUUAAAAAGUUAUUUAAAAUGUUUUCAAUAAAGAUGCAUUGAACUGAACUUCCUAUGGGAGAUGAACAAUAAAUGGAGCAGUUGUUAAAUGA